GGCGCACGUCCCAGUUCUAUCCACUUAGUCUACAAGAAUUUAACUAUAAACCAAUUUCACUGCAUAACUGGGGUAGCUGUCAAUCGAGCAACUUCGGUAGUUAUAGUGGUAUAUAGUUACAAGGGCAGCAGGCUGGAGCAGUCAUCUGACGACAAAAAAGAGAGAGAGGAAGAAGAGGAACGGGCGUGUCCGAGACCAAACUUUUGAAGGAACGAAGGAAAACGAAAAAAAAUCGAUAACCAAAUGAUUUAUCAGUUGAUAAUUUAAAAACUUAAUAGAUAGAAGAGUCAGAAGAGUAAGAUGAUGUUCCUCAGAAACAUUGGGAUUUUCAAUAGAAGCUUGUUGCAAAGAAGCGUUCGUUUCAACUCAAACAGUACUUUCAAGAUCAAUUGGCCCGAAUAUUUCAGGUUGAAAAAAAUCAAUAACCGUCUUAAUGUUGGUAGUGGGGCCGUCACCGGUACUAUGGGGGUGCUAAUGACCCUAGGAGGGUUGGCCAAUGUUGAGAUCGACCCUGAAAAACCAAUUUUGGGUUUGGAUCCAAUGAUUACCUUUGUUGGGUUAUUACUGAUUGGUGGGUUAUUAGGGUACUUGGUGGGUCCAACUUUUGGUAAUACUAUUUUCAAAUUAUCUUAUAAGAAACAUUUACCCCAAUAUAAUGCCAUGGAUAAGAUUUUCUUACAAAAAGUUAAAGUCAAUAGGGUAAAUCCAUCUUCACAAUCUUUUUCAAACCCAGUUCCUGAUUAUUACGGUGAAAGAAUCUACUCCUUAAAGGACUACAAGCAAUGGUUAAGGGACUGCAAUGCCUUUAGAAGAAAAUCACAAGAGUUCCUUUAGUUUUG